AUGGGGAUCUUACAGGCUGACCUUCGCGAAAUCACACGGUUUGCACGCAGAUGCCCAUUCGCAGCAACUGAACACACUGCUCGUAAUUUUGCAUAUGCUGCGGCUGGGAUGUAUCUAUGGGAGGGUGUGCAAUGGAUACUAUACGACAUCCGCCUUCAAUUCAUCCUCGUUUUCCGGCUGUGCCUAUUUCUCCGUGAAACUCCUCGAGUUCUUAGUAAAUGGCGACACACACCAUCCCCAGGGCCUAAUCUGAUUUCUGAUCCAACUCAGCUAAACCCUGAACGAGGCUCUCCUAGUCGGCAACCAUCCCCGACACCGUCAUCCCCUACAGUGCCGCCUGUAGCAAUUAGCUUUCUUGACACUCUAGCCCAAGUUACUUACGUUUCUCUCCGCACCUGCACACACCUGGCACUUUUUUCGCUACUUGCGAUCCUCAACCAGGAUGUGCCUAAUCUCGGCAGUGUGGCUUACGUCAACGCAUACGCCUCUUCUUCGGAGAGUGAUUUCACCGAAGUGGCUACUUCAUGCAACACGUGGUAUUCAUUAUCUCGCUUCUCUUCGUUGGUAUCGCUGCUACCUUUUGCGAUAUCAAACAUGCUGCACGCUCUGCGAGUAAGCAGCAAAGAGCCGUCCAGUCGUACCCGAUCUGCGAGCAGUUCUCAGAGCAGUGCGGCCAAAGUAACUUCUCAGUAUAUUUUGAGGAUGGUCAUUCUAUCAUUGUGCAUGAUACUGCAUUUCGCGCAAUAUAUCUUCAUUGCUUUGAUUGGGACGUCCAGGGAUGACGACACAGAACUCCUGAGUAGUCAAAGCAGUCGGAAUCUUCUCAUUGUCGCCUUUGCUUAUUUAGGAUUAAUACUUUUCCGGAUUUUUUGUUCGCCUGUCACGCCAGCUGACUCGUUGGGAGACGUUGGCCACGACGACGGAGAGAUCCGGUUCUCCACGUUACCUUUACGCUCCGACAGUGAUUCGACAAGGGGAAACGCCUUGACCUCCGGAGAUGGCUCUCGACACUCGCUGUCUGAAAUGUCCUUCGCGGAUAAAAGUAACAGUUUCAUCCUUAGCGAAGAGUACGAAACGAGAGGAUCCUUUGGCUUUGAUUUCAAGAGAGAUUUUGGGGACUACUGGAUGCAGCCUGCAUCACAUGAUGAAAUCGCUGCGGUUAGUAAUGAAGGCAACAACGGUUCGCAUUGCUCGUCAUUCGCCAAUACGAAUGGCCAUGGUGAUCGCCGAAGCCCAGAAGCUUGUAGGUCUAGGAACAAGACCGCAGCACAAUGGGAAUCCUGCGCAUCAGAGAGACCCAACAAGAUCGAAAGCGGGCUGGAAAGUGAUGGAAAUAAUAGCUCGUUGCUUCGAGAGGUAAUAUCUCGGCGAGUAGGGUGGGCUUAUUUAUGCAUCGAAGGCGGGCGCCAGGGUCUCCCUUGGUCAAUGUCCGUCGUGUUAAUGAAGAUUGGGGUGCUUAUUUCCAUUUUAUUUAGUGACACGCGUGGGUACAACGUCAAUGACUUCUUCGUCAAUGACAUACUUCCUACCAUUGCGUCUGGUCGUCUCUUCCUGCACAUCACACAAGCAUCGCCAAUAGGAACUGGAUUUUUGGAGCCAUCACCACGGCCUUCCUCACCUCAAUACCCUUCCUUUAUCGACCUUACUUCGAUAGAGGACACCCGUCAUAAGAGACGGCUGUCAUUCCAGACGCAGCCAAACGUCAACAGUAGAUCAGUUACUGUACCAUCCUACGUCGACCGCAUGUUGUACGCACGACGUGUACGACGCGAAAUGGACGCCGCUGCAGGUGGCGCGAUUCGCACAAUAGGCGGCUCGAUAAAUCUUGCUGCUCCUGCAGCUGCCUUGACUCGACCAGAAAAUGGUCGACAAAAAACGAAGGAGCCAGGCGCAGCACGUAACCGAGGUUUUUCAUGAUAGUAUGUAAACUAAAGCACAGAUGGAGUACUUGAUAUGGCCUUGCAAACGGUAGUUAGAUAAAACAAUUCUUCCAUAGUGACUGUUGUCGAAAGUGACAUGACGUUGUUGUGUUGCGUUGUGUAUCAAUUUUGGUCAAUGUA